GUGUGUGUGUGUGUGUGUGUGUUGGGGGUGGGGGGGAGCUGUCCGAGCGGAGCAGGUGCUGUUCGGCUCCGUCUCUCACUGUUUCUCCGCUGCGCCGCGAUGGAGGAGGAACUGAAGUGCCCCGUGUGCGGCUCCCUCUUCACGGACCCCAUCAUCCUGCCCUGCUCGCACAACGUGUGCGCGGGCUGCGCGCGGAGCAUCGCCGUGCAGACGCCGGAGGGCGAGACUCCCCCUCACGCGGCGUCGCACGGGCGCGCGGCGGCCGCCUCGGGAGCCCCGGACUACGACUACCUGGACGUGGACAAGAUGAGCACGCACAGCGAGACGGACAGCGGCUACGGCUCGUACACGCCGUGCGCCAAGUCGCCGAACGGGGUGCGCGUGUUCCCGCCGCCGCCCGCGCUGGUCGCGGCGCGCCACUGCUCCAUCACGUGCCCGCUGUGCCACCGCAGCGUGUCGCUGGACGAGCGCGGGCUCCGCGCCUUCCCGCGCAACCGCCUCCUGGAGGCCGUGGUCGCGCGCCACCGGCAGGGCCGCGCGCGCGCCGUCAAGUGCCAGCUGUGCGACCGCAACCCGCCCGACGCCACCGUCACGUGCGAGCAGUGCGACGUGUCCUACUGCUCCGCGUGCCAGCAGAGGUGCCAUCCCGCGCGCGGACCGCUCGCCAAGCACCGGCUCGUGCCGCCCGCGGCGCUCGCGCAGCAGCAGCCCACCGCCAACAACAACGCGGCCAACAACGUCGUCAGUGCCGCCGCUGCGGCCGCCCGCGCGCCAUCGACCUGCGUGGAGCACGAGAGCGAGAACCUCAACGCGUACUGCGCGAGCUGCAGGACGCCCGUGUGCUACGUGUGCGUGGAGGACGGAAAACACGGCAAACACGACGUGAAGCCCCUGGCGGUCAUGUGGAAGCAGCAUAAGUGCCAGCUGUCCCAGGCCUUGAAUGGAGUGUCUGAUAAAGCAAAGGAUGCCAAGGAGUUCCUGGUGCAGCUAAAGAACCUGCUACAGCAGAUACAGGAAAACGGAGUGGAGUUUGAGGCGUGUCUGGUGGCUCAGUGUGACGCCUUGAUUGAAGCUCUUACACGGCAGAAGGCCAAGCUGCUCACCAAGGUCACCAAGGAGAAAGAGAGCAAACUGAAGACGGUGAGAGAUCAGAUCACCCACUGCACGAUGAAGCUCAGACAGACCACGGGCAUGAUGGAGUUCUGCCUGGAGGUCAUCAAGGAGAACGACCCCAGUGGAUUCCUGCUGAUAUCAGAUGCGUUAAUAAAGCGUGUGCAGGCCUCUCAGGAGCAGUGGGUGAAGGGGGCUCUGGAGCCAAAGGUCUGCCCCGAAUUCGCCCUCAGCAUCAACACUGACCCUCUAAUGCAGAGCAUCCUGCAGCUGGACUUCACGCAGGGCAAAGAGACCCCCAUGGUCCCCCCAGCGCCUCUGCUGCAGCUGGAGAAAUGCUGCACACGCAACAACAGCGUCACGCUGGCCUGGAGGAUAACUGCAGUCCAGGCCCUGCCUGUGGAGGGCUACGUCCUGGAGCUGGACGAUGGAAACGGUGGACAGUAUCGGGAGGUGUAUGUAGGGAAGGAGACAGUGUGCACUGUGGAUGGUCUCCACUUCAACAGCUCCUAUAACGCUCGCGUCAAAGCGUACAACUCCAUCGGAGUCGGCGCUUACAGCAAGACCGUGGUCUUAAAGACUUCUGAUGUCGCCUGGUUCACCUUUGACCCUACCUCCGCCCACAGGGACAUCGUCCUUUCCAACGAGAACCAGACUGUGAGCUGCAACAGCUACGACGAUCGGGUGGUGCUCGGGACCGCCGCCUUCUCCAAAGGCGUGCAUUACUGGGAGCUUAGCGUAGAUCGCUACGACAACCAUCCCGACCCGGCGUUCGGCGUGGCGCGCAUUAACACGCUGAAAGACGUGAUGCUGGGCAAGGACGAUAAGGCCUGGGCCAUGUAUGUGGACAACAACCGCUCCUGGUUCAUGCACAACAACUCCCACACCAACAGAGCUGAGGGAGGAAUAACGAAGGGUUCUACUGUGGGCGUUCUGCUGGACCUGACCAAGCACACGCUCACGUUCUUCAUCAACAAAGAGCAGCACGGCCCUGUGGCCUUCGAGAACCUGGAGGGGGUGUUCAUGCCCGCAGUCAGCCUCAACCGCAACGUGCAGGUGACACUCAUAACAGGUCUAGAAGUGCCAAAGAACAUCAAGUGACGACCUCUGACCUGUGUGGACGAUCUUUGACUUCAGGGUCAUGUGGCUGACUCUUCCUCCUCGCAAAGCAAGCCACUGCUCGGUGGGAGAUCAAAGAGGACUUUGGAAAAAAUAUAUGAAUUAUUUAUCUUAAUCGGUUUCUUUUUCCACAGUUUUAAGCGCAUCUCGGUGUACACAAUCAGAGCUCUGUGUUUACAGUCAGCUAGCCACAGCGAGCCCAUUGGGAGUGAAGGAGAGUUUCACCUGUUUUUCCAAACUUCCAACCUUAGAGCUUAAUGCUCAGCUAAUUUUAGCACAGUUUAUGAUCAAACCCUGCUCAGAAAAUCAGAACAAACAAUGCGAAACAACUUUUAGGCCAGAAGCUCGGCGCAAGUACACAAGCGCAAAUGCAACGUCCAGCUAAUGCGUUGCAAAUGCACACACUGCAAGAAAUGGUAUCUUGUCAAGUAAAAUUAUCUUAAAUAUAGUCAAUAAAUCUAAUAUUUCCUAUGUUAAGCUAGUUGUAAGCUUAAUUGAAGAUUAUUUCUAAGGUCUGUUUACUUGUUUUUAGUCAUUUUAUUAAGCAAAAUAUCUCACAACAUUGGCAGAUAAUUGUGCUUGUUUUAAGAAAUGUGCUUGAAACCAGCCAGAUAAAAUUACCUAAAACAAGUAAAUAAUAUCUAGAAAUAAGCUAAAUAGAUCUUAUAAUAAGUGCACAACCAUCUCAAAAUGGGUAAAAUUAGAUAUAUUGACUAAAUUUGAGUUCAUUUCACAUAAAAAGGUACCUUUUUUUUGCAGUGCAGUCCUUCUGUGGUGAUUAAAACACUGAAAUUUAGACCCAAAAGUAGAAAAACUUGCAGCUAAACGACUAUUUCACAUCUGCUCCUUUGUUCUCUACUAUCUCCUAUCUAGGAUCGUUAGACUUUAACCCUUAAAAGUCUGUUUUUGCUGUACAGUCGAGUCGCUGUCAGCACUCAAGUAGCUUUUGGUGCUUCACAUCAGUGACACUGUGUGUCCUUGUUCUCUUGAUGCUGCUGUCUUUGAGAAUGAUUUACAGUCACCUGACUCAGGGUGUCCUAAAGGUCCCACUUUCAGUGGCUGAAGUUUGGACAAACAGGUUGAACGGACCUUCAACAGCAGUCUCGACAGAGUACGACAAGGUUACUGCACUACAUUCACUUCAAAAACAGUAUGUUGGCAAGCGAAAGAAUCUUUAAAUGUAGGGAACAUAUCUGAUAUUUCACAUUACAACAUUGUUGUAUUAGACAGAAUAGUGGUGCUUGGAACGAAACCUCGUAUCUCCAUUUUUGUCACUUUUCAGUUAUUUACAUAAUUUGAAAAAUGCCCUUUGAUAUUUACAUUGUGUGUAAAUUUCAUAGUGAAUUGUGCAAAAGAAAUGACCUAAAAUGACUUGGAAAGACGUCUGGUUCCAUUGACUUACAUUAAAAGUAAAGUAUGUUUUUUCCUUCUCCUGUAAAGUUACAUUUUUGGGGAUACAAGGUUUUGUUCUGACAGCAGUGAUAUCUUUUCUUAUACGAUGUCCAAUGACAUUUAGAGUGAUCUUCUGAAGUAAAAUGAUCUCACUGCACUGGCAGAUCAUAAUUGCUUAAACUGGUUGAUUAAUUAAAAAGUGCUGUAAGCUCAUAAUGAGAGUUAUUAGACUUAUUCCCAGCAUUUAAGAUGCUUUCCUUGCUAAGGUACAACUUUUUUUAAUGUUACACAAAAUCUCAGGUUUAAGGAAUCCUCAGUUGGCCGGUGGUCCAGACACAGAUUAGACAUCUUUACACUGCCAGUGGAGCUUCUCUGGUGAAAAUUCCCUUUAGUUGAGUACUGGGCUCUAUCUGUGUCUGGAAAACUUACCCUGCACUGCAAAACAUGAGGUAUUGGCAAGAGAAAUCAUGUUCAAGAGGAAUUCCAUUGAUCGUUGGGAAAAAAAUAUAUCUGCUUAAGAUAUACACUCACUGGCCACUUUAUUAGGUACAGUUGCUUGUUAACACAAAUAGCUAAUCAGCCAAUCACACGGCCGCAGCUCAGUGCAUUUAGGCAU